ACAUGUAAACGUCGUGUUUGAAACGUUUUUAACGGAGGGUCGUAUUAAAUUUGGACCGGGUGGUCAUUAUUUUGAUCCGACCGACUGCGCAGUAGCGUUGCGACGAAUGCGCAGUGGAUUUGGUACAAAUUCAACGUUCGGAACAAUUAUGUGGGCAAAAUGUAAAAGACGGAACAAAUAUAUCACGACACCUAAGGGGCCACGGGCAUGGCGCAGGUACGGGCCAUACAAAAUUACAAACCCCUUUUCCUAUUGCAAAAUAAAUUAAAAUGUUGUACCACGUGAUCCAAUAGCCAAUUAGGUUACUUGUUUAUCCCGCGCUAAUAGUAGUGCAGAAAACGGUUGUGUUUAUACAAACAUAUUACAUAACAGUUGGUGUUGCUACCGCUGUAUCAGUUUAAUGAAAUGGAGAAGCAUGUUGAUAUAGAAGACCAUGUUGCAUUGGGUAUUAACGCUGCGUUAUCUAUGUUUGAAGAAGAUGAAAGUAGUGUAGAAACAACAUUGCCUUCAUCAUUAACAAAUCAUGAACGAGCGUAUGUACACAGGAUGUCAUCUAGUUAUGGGGUAAUAUCGAAGAGUGUGGGGCAGGGAACAUCACGGUAUGUUGUUUUACACAAAGUACAGGAAAGAAAUAUUGUCGAUACACCUCUGUUAUGUAAACUCAGUCAAACAUCAAAAUGGGUUUUGCAAUCACUAUUGGCAAGAUGGCCAAGUAAACCAAAAGAGAAAAUCGAAUCUUUACGACCAGAGAAGAAUUGUGGAGUGAAAUUUGGAUAUUAUGCUGAUAUUACAAAACCAAGUGGCCGCCUACCGAACGGAAUCCCUCAAAUACCCUCCCCAUGUUUAACGCAAACUUUUGAUUCCUUUCAAUCAAACUUACCAAUCUAUAGCAAGAAAUCUGAGAUUUUAGAAACAAUAUGGAAGAAUGAUACUGUGCUUAUUGCUGGUAAACCUGGAUGUGGAAAAUCUACACAGUUACCUCAAUACAUAUUGGAUGAAAGUUUGAAACAAAAGCAAGUUUGUCGAAUAAUAUGCGUUCAACCGCGUCGAAGUUUGGCCGUGUCGAUGGCCGAGAGGGUUGCUAAGGAAAGGGGGGAGUGUGUCGGUCAAACUGUCGGAUAUCAAAUUCGCCUGGAAAGCAGGGCAUCACCGAGGACCUUGCUCACAUUUUGUACGAACGAAGUUUUGCUUCGAACACUGAUGGCUGGGCAGUCCGUGCUUCAAACAAUGACCCAUAUUAUUAUGGAUGAAAUUCAAGAAAGAGAUAAAUUUGGUGACAUUCUGUUAAUCCGACUGCGUCAGUUAAUCCCAAACCACACGUUUCAUUUGUUGUUAAACACGUGCGAUACCGAUAAUAUGAUGUUAAUCAAUUAUUUACAGCCGUGUCCAGUUAUUAAAGUUGAUAGCAAGUCCUUUGAUGUAAAGGAAUAUUUUCUUGAAGAUAUUAUAAGCAGAUCAUCUGAAUUUGGAAUACAGCAUGAUGUUAUUCGAGUUUCAGAGGAAGUUGUGGAGAGGGAAAAUCAGAAUAUGGUUCAUGACAUGGAAGAUGUAUUAAUACUGGAUAAAAGCAAUUCAGUUGAAGAUUUAUUGGAAAAUACUUCUGAUGAAAAUUCAUUACAAGGUGGUAUUAACCAGCCAACCAAAACAUAUGAUGGUUCAAAUGGAGUGGUUUCAGUUGGUCAAAUACAUGAUGACUUGCAUCAUGUUGAUUAUGAUCUUAUCUUAUGUUUACUGGAAUUACUUUGCACCGAUUACACUGGGAGUAUUCUUGUGUUUUUGCCUGGGUAUGAUGAAAUAAUUACGUUGCGUGAUCGAAUCAUACACAGCAACAAAGUUAACAGAACCUGCAACCUUAAUAUCUUUAUAUUAUAUUCAUCAACCUAUACGUUAUCUGACCAUUCACAAAUUUAUAAGCCAGAAGAAGAGGGAACAAGGAAAAUUAUUUUGUCCACAAAUGUUGCUGAAAGUUGUAUUACUGUUGAUGAUGUCUGCCAUGUUAUAGAUCUAGGCAGGAAUAAUGUAACUAACACAAUGUAUCAGGAAAGUUCUAGAAAGAUUGAAUGGAUAUCGCAAGUCAGCAGCAAGAAAAGAUGUUACAGGGCAGGCAAGCAAGGUUCUGGCGUUUGCUUUCACCUGUUUUCUAAGGCUCGGAAAUUGGGUCCUUUGAUACCAGAGCUUACCCGCAUUCAACUUUAUGAGUUGAUUCUUCAAAUUAAGUUGUUGGACACCUCAGAUCCUGUGAAACAUUUCCUUACACAUUCAAUUGACCCGCCCAAUGUUGAAACUAUUGAUAAUGCUGUUCAACUUUUGAAGCAAAUUGAUGCGUUAGACGAAACAUCAAAUAUAACUGAACUUGGACAACAUUUGGUUGACUUACCUAUUGAUCCAAGACUUGGGAAAAUGAUUUUGUAUGCUGUUGUCCUCAAGUGUUUGGAUCCGAUAUUAACCAUCGCAUGUGCGUUAACUUUCAAUGAUUCCUUCAUUGAAGCUUCUCCGUGUAUAGCAAGAGAAGUAAUAAAUACUCGCUGUAAAUUUGCUGCAGGAACAUACAGUGACCAUAUGUGCCUACUGCGAGCAUUCCAAGCGUGGCAGAAAGCUCGUUGCGACGGUUGGGAAAAAAGGUUUUGUGACAAAUACUUCAUGUCGCUUGCUACUAUGGAAAAAAUUAUUGGUCUUCGUAGUCAGUUGUUGGGACAACUGAGGGCGACAGGGUUUGUUCGUGCCAGAGGUGGAAGUGACAUCAGGGAUUUAAAUUUAAACUCGGAAAACUGGGCUGUGGUUAAGGCAGCAGUGUGCGUAGGAAUGCAUCCGAACAUUGCACAAGUUGAUCGAUGUAAGAAAAUAAUAAGAAUUUCCCAGAAUGAAAAACUACAGUUCCAUCCAAGUUCUGUUUUAACAAAAGAUUCUUGUGGAAAAGAACUUGGAAACAACCACGCAAUUGACAAUUUACCAUCUGAUUGGAUAAUGUUCAAUGAGAAGAUCAACGGUGAUGAUGGAAUGAUUGCAACAUGUUGUACGUGUGUUACUUCUGUUUGUGUGGCUUUGUUUACCGGCACUUCUUCUUUAACUGAGGCCGAAUAUGUGAGUGGUCCCACAUCGGGUAUAUAUGAUGAUGACUGUAGUAGUGAUAACGAAUCGGAUGAAAUAAAUAAGUUGGCAAUAUUUGCAUCCAGCGCUUGCAUACGCUUGAUCAUGGACCCUGUGUUUGCUGGCAUGCUUGCUCAAAUUCGUACGAGGUGGAACAGUUUAUUUGCUCGGAGAAUUCGUAAUCCUUCGAAGCCAUGGCAACCAGAUGACGAAGCAAUGUUAUCUGCUGUGAUCAAUAUAUUAACAAGUGAAGAAGACACUCUUAAACUUAUGCAACCAUCAGGUAUCGGCCAACGGCCACGUCCUGCGGCACAAGACGACGUUGAUAGGACAAGAUGUUUUGUGAACAAGUCUUCUUGAAUAUAAUGCUUGUUUUUCCGGUUAAUUUUACGUUUGUUUGUUUGUUAAUGUUAUGUCGUUGGCAGCUUUGCCAUGUGUUGUUACCUUAAUAUUUUUAAAGAGAAAUCACAUGAAAACGCAGGGUUGUU